UCGCACCACGUAAUUUUACGCACACCUAUUUCGACGCCAUUUUUGUUUUGACCUCGUUUUCGAUUAACUUGGAAUUUCCGAUGACGUAGUUACACGGUGCUUUCACUGAAAAUCUCACGGUUCAUUUCACCGGUAAACAAUGUGGAAAGUUCGGGAUUUGAAGAAACCUAAAGUCAGCUAUAGGGUUUACUCCCCAACUUCAAUGUCUACUGCCUUAUCAGAGGUAAAAGAGACAGGAGAGGCAAUAAGAAAGGUGGCAAAGAAGUAUGGAAUUCCAGAGUCAUCACUGCGGCACAAGCUCAGUGGGCGUGUGAAUCCAGAGGCAGUCAGGUCUGGUCCUCCAGCACUUUUCACGCAAGAAGAAGAGGCUCGGCUUGCAGAUCACCUUAAAUUCACAGCUUCUGUUGGAUAUGGUUAUAGCAGAUCUGAAGUUCUUGAUAUCGCAACAGAGUACGCCAUUGCUCUUGGUCACAGAGAUAAGAGCAACCCACUUAGUUUCCGUUGGUAUGAGGGGUUCAAGUCACGCUGGCCUGACCUUAACCUGAUUAAGCCCAGAGGUCUUGAAAUACAGCGAGCCAAGGCUACCACUGUUGACUGUGUGAGGAACUACUACACAGAGCUGGGCAGAAUACUUACCAAGUAUGAUCUUAAUGACAAGCCCGAACGCAUCUACAAUGUGGAUGAAAAAGGUCUCUCAACAACCCAUAAGCCACCACAAGUAAUUGCUGGAAGUGGAACAAAGCCACCAAGCAUCACAUCCAAUUCUCGGGUCACAGUGACAGUCCUUGGUUGUGGUAAUGCGUUGGGAUACCAGGUACCACCUUUCUUUGUAUUUCCUGGCACACGAAUGAGACAGGAGCUUCUUGAAGGCAAGAUGCUGGUGCUAAUGGUUACUGUCUCAGAGUCUGGCUGGAGCAAUAGUGAGGUCUUCCAGCAUACAUGGAAACACACUUGA